UUCUUCAUCCUUUUAUAAAUUACCUCUAUAUGAACCGCAAUUGAGGUGAAGAAUUCUCUAUAAGUAUUUACCGAGACAAGUACGAAUGUUUUCAAUUCAAACCUAAUUAGGAAUUCCCCUGAAACACCAACGUAGAUGAACGGCCGAAAUCCUGCCGCCGCGUCCGGCGAUCGUAUCAAGCUCAACGUUGGAGGCAAGCUAUUCGAAACCACCUUCUCCACUCUCCGCUCCGGCGGACCGGAUUCUCUUCUAUUCGCGCUCUCAAACCGGUCUGCUCACGAUCCGGUUUUCAUCGACCGUGACCCGGAGAUCUUCUCCGUCCUCCUCUCUCUCCUCCGCUCGAAUCGACUCCCCUCCACCGCCAAGCGCUUCUCCAACCAAGAGCUCAUCGACGAGGCACUCUACUUCGGUAUUGAGUCGCAGCUCAGAUCCGCUCUAGCUCCGAGCCGAAUACACGGAAUCGACGCCUCCUUACUAACCACUGUCAAACCCUCCUACGACGGCGUCGUUUCGGAUUUCAACGCGGUUGAAUCGGACGGAUCGCUUUGGGCGGCCCACGGCGGCCAGAUCACGGUCUACGAUUGGAAUCUCAGCCACACGGCGACGGCGCGGACGCAUUUCGAUUUCAUUAAUUCAGUGAGGAGAAUCCAAUCUGAUAUCGCCGCAAUCGGAUCUCUCCAGGGAUCCGGAUUGCAUUUCUACAAUAUGGCAAAUGGGCGCCGAGUCCACUCAAUCGACUGGGUCGACCCGUCCGAUGUGAGGGUUUAUAAAGCCCGAGUCCACGCGAUUACCGACUCGGUCGACUCGGUUUUCGCUUCCUACGAUUGCCACCACGGAGAGAAUUGCGUCCUGAUGAUUGAUAAAUCGACGAUGAAGAUAUCGUCGGAAAUCGGGAGGAUGCCGGGAAAUUCCGCCAAAUAUAUGGUUCCGACGAAGCUAACGCAUGUUUCCCAUUUAGGUCUUUUGGUGGGAAGCUCCAUUGCAUCAGGGGCAUUUGGGUAUUCGGGUUAUAUCCGGCUGUGGGACCCGAGAACCCACGAUGUGGUCUGGGAGACCUUUGAGCCUGGGUCGGGUCGGAGCAGCCGGUUUGGGGAUUCUUUGGCGGAUGUGGAUGUUGAUUUGGAUGAGUUGGCAUUGUUCAAAAUUUGCUCGAAAUCGGGAGAUUUAGCCAUGGCCGAUUUGCGGAAGUUGACGGAUGAUCCGUGGCUGUAUCUGAAAGAGAAGAAUUCGAGUUUGAGGGAUGUGGGGAGGAGCGGUGGUGGAAGUUUCGCAAUACAUUGUUACCGGAAGCAAGCGUUUGUGGGGAGAGACGGCGAGUUGGAGGUGUGGUCGAGAGUAGAGGAGAAUGUGGACGAAGAGAUGUAUAGGAGGAAUUACAUUGAUAAAGUCGAGGAUUCGGAGCGAGGGGUGAUCAAGAAAAUCGAGGGUGGUGGGGAUAGGCUUUUUGUGACUAGAGAAGAUGUUGAAGGGAUUGAGGUUUGGCAAAGUUGUUACAACUCCGGUGUCGCCUCAGCUUCGUGAAGAGGAUGUAUUGCUUAAUCCGUUUCUUGGAGGUACUAUUCAAGUUAUGUACUCGUUUAAACUAAUAUUUGCAAUUGUAUUAUAAUGAAACGUCUUUCCUCGACCGUA